CAUUGCGUCGGCGCCCUCGACCGCUCGAAUGACAGGAAAGGAGUAGCACCAUCUGGACACCCAGCCACCGUCCGACCCGUUUCUAAAGGAUCAACGUUAGGAGGGCAUUGGCGCUGAAUAUCCGAGACGACGGCUGUUUCAACUUAUCGAUUUUCCACAAUGUUCAAGUUUGCGAGUGUUUUGCUUUUCAUUUUCGCUGCUGCCGCCGCGGAAUAUGUUCCUGCACUCGUGUGGCAAUACGGAUCGGAGCAUGGCGCUUUCAAAGCUGAACCGGCGCUGCACAAAUACUCAACAGACAGCUUCAGAGAUUUGCUUACCAAACAGGCAGCUGACAAGGACCUUGUUAUUAUUUUCGCCGAAGAAAAUUUGAGUGUGGAAGAUUUCAACUGGCAAGACAUUUCGGGCGAAACAUCAUUUCCAAAGUUGAGUGAAACUACAAAGGGGCCCAACUCCAACUUCUACUCUCGCGUAGAUGACCCUUUUAGCGCCCUGAUGGACCUCCAGGGUGCCCAGUGGUCAGACGUACAACUGAGUCUUCAGCUGCCGUCGACCAUUCUGAAGAAGGAUUUCGGCUCAAAGUUCGUCAUCGUCAACAUGGACGACGCAACAGAUUUUGAAGACAGGCCUAAUUUACUCAAACGACACGACGAAAUCGUGAGCCGUGCCUUGGACGCCGCCAAAUCGGCUUACGGCAAAGUGCUUGCUGUCUACACGGGACAUCACUCUUCCUGGAUCCCAGAGGAGUUGGCCGUCCGCAGGGUGCGUUCCCUGCUGCAGGCCGAGGAGCCGCAAAACGGGUCAAGGUUCAUCAACGCUGACAACCUGGCUUACUUGUACUACUCCUCAGCCCCAACUGCCAUACUAGGAGGAAACAAUAUCUCCCUGACCAAUUUCUUGGAAGCGACCGCUGAGCGCACGGAGGAAAAUGAAGAUACCGUAACCAUGUAUGUCACUUACGACUACGAAGGGAACAACGUUACCAUCAUCUUUCCGUUCGCUGAGACUUCCAGAGGCUACUGGAAUCUGGACAAAAUCUCGGUCCAGUGGGAGUCGACAGAGUACUUCUUGGAGUCGACUGGAAUUUAUGCGCCUUUCCGCUUUUCUUACCACUGCUCAAUCGACACAGUUUUCUUCAACGGAACUGAGGAAGGGAACACCGACAGCCUCACCUUUACGGAUUUCCAGAUCGAGCCCCUUGUACCGACCGACGAGCAAGGAGAAGUUCGCUUCAGAGACGCAUACGACUGCAUCUCGUUUUUCACCAUGCCGAUCUGGUCUGGCAUCUUCGUGUCUCUCAUUCUGAUUUUCGUCCUCACCGCUGGCAUCAUCAUGAUAAUGGAGAUCAAAGUCAUGGACAAGUUUGACGACCCCAAGGGCAAGACCAUCUCGGUCUCCAACACGGAUUAGAGCCAACGCCGCAGCCGACAAUUGUUCCUAUUUUUGUUCGCUUUCACAAUAUUUUUGUUGCCAUUUUUGUCUAGAUUAUUAAUUUGUUAUUAUUUUUUUCGUGAGAACGUGCCAUUCCACUUUUUAGUCACAAAGGCUUGACUGAAGCUGUUUAAUUUUAAGAAGAAGCAUUUUUGCAUGAAACCAUUACAAAGAAAGUUACAAUACACAAUAACCCUUGUUACUAAAGAUAGUCGUUAUUUUAAACUGUGAUCCUCAAAAGUAUAUUGAAACGAUUCUGUAUUAAAUAAUACAUAUAUUAUAUACCCAAUAAAAGUGUAUCAUAGCGAUUGAAUCGAAGGACAAAUAAAUAAUAAAAAUGAUAUCUUGCCAA